AUGGAAUUUUCAACUUAUCAAGCUAAAUGGAUGAGAAAUUUUAAAACCGAAACACAGCGAUUUGAGAAUCUGAUUCAAGAAACGAAAACGAAAGAAAAAGAAGGAAGGAAGUUGCAGACAGACGGUACUGUUACUUAUUUCACAAAUUCAUCCUUAAACGUCUUAGAGAAUUUUUGUAAUGAUGAAAUAUGUAUGAAGGAUAAUGAUCUUAAUAUAGCAAAAGUUCCGCCCAAGCAACUGAAUUCGAAUGAUGAGAAUCUUUUCAGAUAG